CAACAGCCAAGAAACGCCCGCCAGUGGGAAGCAUCCGUUUCCCAGCUGCAUUUCAAAGUCUUGCUGUGACUAAGAGUGCCAUCCCUGGGUUGUAUGUACCAGCAUCUACCUCCAAGUAUCUCUCCAGUUUAGAACAUUCCAAGUUUAUCCCUUGUAACCAGACAAGAGCUGAUCAAUUUAACUCGGCCAAUAAACUGUCAAAAGCGGCCAUAGUGAAAGCAAACAGAGCUGCUAAUAAGGCGCGGAAGAUAUUGCGAGCCACACAAGAUGUGUUUGAUAAAGUUGGCAUGGAGUUUUGGUUGACUUCUGGAACGCUAUUAGGUUGGUACAGACAGUGUGGUUUCAUCGCACACACCACUGAUGUGGAUGUUGGGACAUGGAUCACGGAAUUUAAUCCUGACCUAGAAAAACUUCUUCAUCGCCCGGGGCAACCAAUCAGAAUCACGCACCGCUAUGGCAAGCCGAAAGAUGGCUUUGAGUUGGUAGUUCUAGGAUUCGGUAUCAAGUUGGAUAUAUUCUUCCACUAUAAAGAGACCAAGUACGCGUGGAUCAGUGGUUUGCGUUCUAAGACACUAGAAAAAGUGUGA